AUGACAUCAAACAACGAUAACCCUAAUAAGAUCCUUCUUCUCCAUCCACCUAUUCUCAACCCCUCAUCAUUCUUGAACCGUCUGACCGGUGUCGACGAUCACGACGAUGCGGAAGAUCAUAUACGAUGGACAAUCGAUAAUAAAUACUAUACUGCCGAUGUGGACAUACAUUGUGCACCUCUGAGUAAAACCGUUGAUGAUGUUCUGAUCAGUAAUUCGAGAGACAUCGACGUGAUACUUUAUGUUUUUGAGGAUAUACCUGCAUCAUUACCUCCAACGUUGAUCAAGCUGCUUUCGACACCUCGAGAUAUAGCUUUGGCUAUACGAUCACUUCUCUUCCAAUCGUCAGAGCAGUGUGAAGAUGAGCAGGAAGAUAAUUCAAACUUGGAGGAAAACGAGGGAUCCGCCAAUGAUGUAGUGGACAUGCUGGAAGAAGUAGGAAUGGAAUUUAUCGACGAGGUCAAUCCCUUGACUGAGGAAGAUGACGAAAGGCCCAUGCCACCCCUGGAGAUAAUCCGACAAACACUAAUGACCCACCUCUGGCCAUCGAUGAAUCGUAAACCACUCAACAUAGCCAAUACAUCUGAAUUACCAAGACCAUCAGAAAUCUCAAAUCUUACACCACCCCCCGCUUCCUCUUCGACGUUACCAAUACCUCACAUCUUCCCAGAGACAUUUCAACCUACUUCGUCCUCUCAGAUCCCACCAAUCGGCCCAUCAGGUUCGUCAUUCCCUGAUUUGGAAGAUCUAAAAAGGGAAAUCGCCAAAGCAAACUUUGGAAUUGAUUUUGAUGAUAUUGAUAAGCUGGAUAGGUUGAAUGAUGAUUUCGAUUUUGAUGAUGAGGAUGAAGAUUUCGGUCCGGCGGAAGAGGAAUAUGCGAGGUUGGACGAUUGGUUAGACUCUGAUGAUGAAGAUAUAAACAAUAUCAAAUCAAACAAGGAUGGUAUCGAACCAGAUGGGAAAGAGACGAUACCACCAAAACAAGAUGAUCUGGCAUCAGUAUUGGAAUCGAUAUCAAAACAAGAUCAACAAAUCCUUCAUCCCCACCCUGAGCCUCAGCCUCAGCCUCGUCUUGAGGGAGAUUGGUUAGAUACGGAUGAUAAAAAGUUCGAUCCGAUAUCAUCUGAUUUACCAUCAAGAUCCACCAGUACCGCUUUACCUCAACAACAUGUGCAGGAAGGAGACGCAGAGGGAUUUGAAGAUGAUUUCGAUGUUGAUGAAUUUACAGAAUAUCAAACUGCCCCUUCAACCCAAUCUCGACCACAUCAACGACAAGACAAUCUCGAAAAUACGGAUAUGACACUGUCUAUGGACCCCACGCCGUUGUUAUUGCAUCUACAAAGUGUGCGCGCCGAACUGGCCGCAGUGGAGGAUCCGGAUGAAAGAAGGUUCAGAGCAGGGAAGGAAGUACAGCAGAUACUUGCUAGUCUGGGUAUGGGAGAGAUGGGAGAUGAUGAUUUGGGAUUGGAUGAGAUAUGA